UGAGGGGGCGUGUCAGCGUGUAGUGGGCGGGGCAGGAAGCGGCUGUGUCUCUCCGGACUUUUCUCUCCCGGGACUUCUCCUCCGCCACCGGAGACCGCUAUCCCCUCCCCCCACCGAGAGAGACUCCUCCCCUCCCCCAACACCGGAGAGCUGCGACUACACGGAUCGGACAGGCCUCGGAGUCGCAGCGUUUGCCCCAUGACUCCCACCCGGUGUGGGGGUAGAUGAUGUCGGGGGUGUUUGGUGGUUUCCUGUCUGCGGUUGAUCUCCAUCAUGGAACGCACUCCGGACUGAUGGGUUAUUAGCCCCCCGGGGCUCUCUGAUGCCCCCGAGCAUGGCCGAGCACCUGGAGCUUCUGUCUGAGAUGCCGGCGGUCAGCCGGAUGACCACCCAGGAGAGGCUGAAACACGCCCAGAAGAGGCGGGGCCAGCAGCUUAAGAAAUGGGCGCAGGCCGAGAAAGAAGGCGGGGGCAAGAAGGCGAAACGUCAACCCAAGAAACAGGGGAGUGCGGACCCCCGACACAUCGUGUUCCCCCAAAAUGUCUCCUUCCUGGAGGCCGCCGCACGCAACGAUGUGGAGGAAGUUCGUCAGAUGCUGGAGAGCGGAUUCAGCGCCAACCUGUACAACGAGGACGGCCUGACAGCGCUUCAUCAGACCUCCGUCCUUCAGACUACCCCUCCGCCCUCCCACGGCCCGCCCUCUCUCCCACUGUCCUCCCACGGCCCGCCCUCUCUCCCACUGUCCUCCGUCUGCUCCCACAUUCUCACCACCUCUGGUUGCUUUUCUCCAGGAAUCACUCAGGAGAGGAUCGAGGAGUCGCGGGCGGCCACAGAGAGAAAAAUGGUGGCCGAUAUUCAGCAGCUGGUGGAGUCGGGGUCAGAGGUCAACGCUCAGGAUGAGUCCGGCACCAGUUUGUUGCACAUCGCGGCCGCCAACGGUUACUUGGAAGCUGCCGAGCUGCUCCUGGAUCACAAAGCCGCACUGAACGCCAGGGACUGCGAUGGGUGGGAGCCGCUCCACGCCGCCGCCUGCUGGGGACAGAUCCCGCUGGUGGAGCUGCUGGUCGCUCACGGCGCCGACCUGAACGCAAAGUCCUUGCUGGAUGAGACGCCACUAGACGUGUGCGGUGAUGAGGACGUUCGGAACAAACUGAUGGCGCUGAAACACAAACAUGACGCCAUCAAGAAAUCCCAAGACAAGCACAAGAGCGCCCUCCAGAGGAGAACUUCCAGUGCGGGCAGCCGGGGGAAGGUGGUACGCAGGGUAAGCGUCACGGAACGCACCAAUCUGUACCGGCGGGAGCACCAGAAGGAGGCCAUGAUGUGGCAGCAGAGGAGGACCCGGGAGAGCGAGCUGCAGGACGAAGAGGAGGACAAGUCCACCAACACGGAGCUCAAGCAACCGCCCCCACAGCCAGAGUCGGACCCCCCGAGGUCGGAGGGGACGGAGGUAGAGGAGAGCGUUGGAACGUCGGAGAAGCAGCCAAAUUCUGUCCCGGUGACGCAGAAGAAUGGCAGUGUCCGCUCCGCCCCCAAACACACCUUCUCCAAGCGCCUGGACCGUAGCGUGUCUUACCAGCUGGCCACCCAGGCGGAGCUCUGCCAGGACCUGACUCACGAACGCUCCCACCACACGCUCGCAGAGCUGAAACGCCAGCGGGUGGCGGCCAAGGUACAGCGGCAGGCUCCACCCCCCGCCCAGCACGGAGACCCCGACCAAGCACAAGACACUACUGAGCCGGUUCCACCCGAUCCGGUCUAUUACACUACCGCAAGCGGAGAGCCGCCAUUGCUGAAACUCAUAGCACCCGCCGAGGAUAGCACGCCGGCGGGGAAGAGACCUUGCUGUGGGGUCAUGUGACCAUGGACAAGCUCUCUUUGGUGGCCGGCCGAGAACCCUGGGGGCAGGCUUUACCCCAGGACUUCAGCCUUUUUAUGAUCUAUUUUUUAAUUGAAGGUGUUGCGUAUAAUUUAACUGCUUCAUGGAAACUCUGGGGCGGGGCAGUGGGAGGGGAUAUUUCUUGGGGGAACUCCCCCCGAGGAGCAGCACUAGCUAAAUUGGGGGUCAUUCACCAGCAGCACACCCAGACUGGGGUUGAGCCACAUAGAUGUAGUCUGACACCUCUACGUUUUCUAUGGGGGUGGGGGGUGCAGGUUUGUGCGAUGGCCAAUCAGAUGUCCUGUAUGACGCAGCAGCUGUGAUGGGAUUGAUGUCGCCUCCCACCUCCGGGACACACGAAGCUGGAUCCGAACUCUCACCCGAGCAGAAUUCCGUCCAGCCGGGGGAAUAGCUUUGCAUGUCGUCACCAGGGACGCACAAUCACCAUCCAGGGAUAAUGGUGUACAGGCUGAACAUUUCCUUCACAUUUAGAAUGAUUACAUCAUCUGAGCACAAACAUCAGCCACUCAUUAGGAUUAUAUUGCAGCAGCAAACCAUAUGAUGGCCACACCGCCUCUGGCGUGCUUCACCCUGAUUGGUGGUCAAAGCACCUAUUGGAGGAAGGUAUGUCACAGAGGGUGUGGCUCUUAUAAUAAUUAUUGCUCUGACAAUCAAGAUAAAUAAAUAUUUUUAUAACUGAAACCAGCAGAGAGAAUGAGACCCUCACUGCCCACCAAUAGGCUGAUCACCAGGGUAGCAAUGGCCACAUGUGUCCCAGCUACUGUCACUCUCUGACCAGCAGUUUGACUCCAUGUCAUGUUCUUCUCACGUCCUCCGCUGUAGUCGUUCCCUGACCAGCAGUCUAAUCCCAGACAUCUACACUUUGGUAAUGAUUACAAGGUCCCUCGUUACUGUCACUCUCUGACCAGCAGUUUGAAUCCAUGUCAUGUUCUUCUGACGUCCUCAGCUGUAGUCAUUCCCUGACCAGCAGUCUAACCCUUGACAUCUCUGCUUUUCUAACCCUUCCGUGGACUCUAGUAACAGUCUCUCUAUGACCAGCAGUCUGACUUCAUGUUGUGUUCACAUAUCUGAGGCUCUCGGCUACAGUCAUUCCCUGAACAGCAGUCUAAUCCCAGACAUCUACACUUUAACAAUUCCAAAGUUCCUAGUUACUGUCACUCUCUGACCAGCAGUUUGACUCCAUGUCAUGUUCUUCUGACGUCCUCAGCCGUAGUCAUUCCCUGACCAGCAGUCUAACCCCAGACAUCUACACUUUGGUAAUGAUUACAAGGUCUCUCGUUACUGUCACUCUCUGACCGGCAGUUUGACUCCAUGUCAUGUUCUUCUGACGUCCUCAGCCGUAGUCAUUCCCUGACCAGCAGUCUAACCCCAGACAUCUACACUUUGGUAAUGAUUACAAGGUCUCUCGUUACUGUCACUCUCUGACCAGCAGUUUGACUCCAUGUCAUGUUCUUCUGACGUCCUCAGCUGUAGUCAUAACCCCUGACAUCUCUGCUUUUCUUACCCUUCCGUGGACCCUAGUAACAGUCUCUCUAUGACCAGCAGUCUGACUUCAUGUUGUGCUCACAUAUCUGAGGCUCUCAGAUUGUCAUUCCCUGACCAGCAGUCUAAGCCCAGACAUCUACACUUUGGUAACACAUCUGAGGGCCCCAGUUACUGUCACUCUCUGACCAGCAGUCUGACUUCAUGUCAUGUUCACAUGUCUGAGGCUCUCAGAUUGUCAUUCCCUGACCAGACGUCUGUGUUUUGGUAACGAUUCCACGUUCUCAAGUUACUGUCACUCUCUGACCAGCAGUCUCACUCCUCCGCAGCUACAGGCACUCCUGACUGUCUCCAGGGCCCUCACACUCGGAAACGUUUGUCAUAAUCAGAUUGUCUCUCGUUUCUGAUCUGAGUAGAUGUGGAAUGUUCCUCGAAGUUCUGCGAUUAUAAUAUAUAAAGGUUUAUUUUAUUAAUUUCA